AUGAAGGCCGUUUGGUGUUCUAUUUUUCUUUUUUAUGCCGUAUUUAUUGGUUAUGUAGGAAGUCAGACGUGUCAAUGCAUCCAACCAGAUCCUUCAGCUCUCAACUGUCUUGGAUAUGACAGUAAGUUACAAGCAGACACAAUUGACGAAGCAAUUGCUUCAUUUCCUGAUUUAUCAAUGAAUGAUGGUAACGUGGAUGCAACGGCAUCGGACGUUGGAUGCGUGACUCAAGAAUGUCAGGAUUGUCGGAAGGAUAUGAGAAAGCAACUUCAAAAAGUGGGACUAUUGGCUAAAGAUAUAAACGAUAUAAUAUCCACCCAAAUGAACACCAACUCCACAUGCACCAAAUACAGAUUCUCCAUCGAAAAACAGAAACUUUCUGUUGAUCCAACUGGAACUGUUUCUCUUUGUUCUUCUUGCUGGGUGUGGAGACGUCUGCCAGAUAACUACCGUCCACAAUAUAUCAAUGAAUUGGUUUGUGAUAAUUCUGAUGGAGAAUGCUUGAGUGGUUAUGCAACAUGUGCCAUUGGCCAUCGAACUUUUGAAGCAACGAGGAAUGACAACGGUGUCAUGACACAAGUGACGUUAACAGCCGGUUCAUAUUGUGAAUGCAGAAUUUCAAAGAGUUCCUCACUGCAAUCACUUGUUACUGGAAGUGGAAUAAGCGGAACAUACAGUCCUCUGCACAAUCAAACAGGUGUUCUAUAA